AAAAAAAAGUUGACACUGACUUUGACAGCAUGAUUCAACUUCACCUCACCAACUUGUUUUGUUUGAGUCACAGUACUUUCCAAACAAAAAUUAAUUAAUUAAUCCUUUAGAAACUUACUUUUCCGCUACAUUUUUCUUCUUUAUAAACAACAGUAGCUGUACAGUGACAAAAUGGGUGACCAAAACGGAGCUGCGCCUAUCCCAGGCGACAAAUUAGCGGAAACUCAAGCAAAAGUUGACGAAGUGGUCGACAUUAUGCGAAAUAAUAUUGAAAGCGUUAUGAACAGGGACGAAAAGUUAUCCGAGCUGGACAACCGAGCUGAUGCCCUGCAGCACGGAGCAGCGCAGUUCCAACAACAGGCUGUUAAACUGAAGAAGAAAUACUGGUGGAAAAACAUGAAGAUGAUGAUGAUUAUUGGUGGUAUUGCUGCUAUUAUAAUCAUUAUUAUCAUAAUUUCGCUGACGGCUGCCUAGAGUAGGGCUAUUCUGGUAACCUUUAUGAGUAUAAGGGAUAGAGUAAGAUGAAAGUGAAUAUUUAGUCCAUGUUAUGACAAAAUUUUACAAUUUUAUAUUGUUAAUUGAAUACUAUGCAAAUAAAAUCAGCAUAUGUACUUGAUUGGUGCUAAAGUUAAAUAAUGAUUGUCAUUUUAAACAUUAUGGGCAUAUAGCAUAGUUUUUGAAAACAAAUAAGAAAGAACAAUGUUUAAUUGUUGCCUAAUGUUACUCUUGACCU